CACUCUCUCUCUCUCACACACACACACAAUAGCGACACGAGACACAGACUGCAGCGAGAGCGAGCGGGAUGUGCAGGGUACGAGCCUGACGGUGGGUCGCGCGCAGGCGUGAACGCGCCUCAUGAAUCACGCACGAGUAAUGCGUUCUCUGCAGGUCACGUGACAGAAGCGCUGCGUCUGACCGCCAGCGUGACGAUAACGCUUGCCGCCUGUCCAGCUGAAAUAACCGAUGACAAACCGUCACACAACUCCUGAAACGAUGGUCAGCUGAUCGGUGCUUCUAUGGACGCCGAUGUUCCACACAUCCGGGACACGCUGCUGAACCCGGAAACAGAAUCACAGUGUGAUUGACAGCUGCAGACAACAGCGCGCGUCCCAACAAAGCCGAAGAACGAUUCACACCAUCAUGAUUCCGACGAAGAACGGUUCGUUACGGUUCUGAUCAGAGUUAACGGAUGAUCCUGCAGGCCUCGGCGGGACUGUGCGUGGGUGACUGACCUGCCGGAGCUGAUUGUGUGGUCAGGCGGUGCAGAUGUCUCUGGCGCAGCGGGUUCUGCUCACCUGGAUCUUCACGCUCCUCUUCCUCGUGCUGCUGGUGCUGAAGCUGGAUGGAAAGGUCAAAUGGAGCUGGUUCCUGAUCUUUCUGCCCGUCUGGAUCUUUGACAGCAUCCUGCUGCUGAUGCUGGGCGUGAAGGUGGCGGGGCGCUGCCGGGCCGGGUUCGACCCGCGGCUGAAGGUCUGGUAUCUGCUGGCUCUGAUGAUGAAGGUGGGCUUCUGUGUGACUCUGUGCGCGCGGCUGGAGCAGCUGACCAACCUGCGGCUGCUGAUCAUCUGUGUGCCGCUCUGGACGCUGCUGACCGGAGCCCUGAUCCAGCUGGGAUACAACAUUCUGCCCCAGAGCUCAGACUGACACACACACACACACACACACACUCUCUCUCACUCUCACACACACACACACACAC